UAUAGUAGGCAGGUAACCUCUCCUCACAGCGUAGUGUGGAGACUGUGGACUGUCGAGGUUGGCAAUCGCGUUCGUUCCAGUUGCUACAGGUGGUUUUCCGUGUUUUCCAUAAAAUUUCCCUUCACUUUUUUCGUCUCGACUCGCAGCUUUCAAAAGUGUGUUCCCUGAUGCUCACAAACAUCAACGGUAACGUCCUGGACUGCUUUUGCAUCUUUUAAAAAUUAUGACGGGUACUUUGGAUAAUAGAACUUAUCCUCACGACAGCUUUUCGAACACAUCGUUUGGAUUUUAGAACGCCUCAAACUGAUGUUCUUCUCAGUUUAAAUCUGGUUUAAAAUGCCUUUCCCCGAGAGAACCGUUGAGCCUCAGCUGGUGAGCAGGUUGAGAGGGAACGAAAGCUCCGAAAAGACUUUCAUUUCGCUGGACGGUCGCAGAGUUCGCAAACCUGUUUUAUUCGGUUCUUUGGAAGACGUUUGUUGUCACACUCUCACCGGCAUUCUGCAUCAAUUGUCUGAUCUAUCGCGGCAAGCUAGUGACAUAUUCCUCGGAAUUGAGACACAGGCGGGGUUGAUUUCGCAAAGAACAUCAAGGAUUCAAGUUCGCUUGGAGAGAUUGCAAGUCAUCGCGCUCAAGUUUGACCCCAAAAAGAUAAAAAUACCUGUGUCUAAUUUGGAUGAAGAGAAAAAAUGGACCGUGCACUACACUGCCCCAUGGCACCAGCAAGAUAACGUCUUUUUGCCAGGCUCCAGACCUGCCUGUGUGGAAGACCUGCACCAUCAGGCCAAAGUUAACCUGAAAACAGCCCUCAGAGAAUGUGAUCAACUGAGGAAAGAUGGGUUCCGCAGCUCACAGUACUACUCACAGGGCCCCACAUUUUCAGACCCCGCACAAUCCCAACAUGAGGAUGAGGACACUGAAGUUGAUGACGCUGAUAAAAAGUCCAUUGCAUCUUCAAGAGAGGAAGAAAAGGACUCCCAAAUGAGGGCACAGAGUCCAGUGCAGGAGGAGGGGGUUGAGGUUGAUAGACAAGGGCCCCGGACCAAAGCCCCACCCCUGCCCACUCCAGAAGAGAAGAUGAGGCAGCAGGCUCAGGCCAUACUCACGGAUGUUGUCCCUAUCAAUGUCACAGGCGAGACGUUUGACAGGCAGGCCAGCAUUCGCCGCUCCCUAAUAAACACUGACACUCUGGCCCGCCGGCCCAAGAAGGUUAAGCGGAGAAAGACUAUAUCAGGGAUGCCUGACAGCAUUCAACAGGAACUAGUAAAAGGGCGUGGAGGAGAACUUCGGCCACAGUCGAUGUUUAUCCCUGGACGGUAUUCAACACUUGGGCGAGUCGGGAGUUGGAAUUCUCAAUCUGUGACAAAAGAUUCUGGCUGUCAAACUGAGGAGGUGAAAAUCGUCCCACCUUCUGUGAGGAGAAUACGGGCUCAGAAGGGCCAAGGAAUCGCUGCUCAGAUGGCUGGCAUCUCCACCUCUGCCACCAACAUCUCUGCUGUUUCUGAUGGGAACUCCCCUGGAAGUUCAAUAGUUGUAAUGGCACCCCAUUUUGGCCAUGAUAGCAAGCGUUUCCACAGCUUGCCCCGAGGUGCACGGGUCUCUCUAAAUGCAGAGCCCCUAUAUAGUAGUACCCCGUUCAGGCCAGAAGAUUCUACAGCAAAAGCACCACAACAGAUCAGAAAAUUACAGGUAGAUGACACUGUGGUACACAUGAGGAAUGCCUCCAGGGCAUGCACCCCAGCCCGCCCAAAAUCUCAGGAGGUAAGAGGUACUCAACGGGAGUGGGGAUCUGUCUCUGGUCCUGCCUGUGUAGUUUCUCCACAUGCAGCCUACUCAACUUCACUUAUACCUAAUGCUACUCGGUUAUGUUCUACUGAGGUUAUAGCACUUCACACCACAUCAAGCCCUGGCCAGAGUCCAAUUGGUGGGUCACCGUACCCUAAAGCUAGGCCUCAUAGCAUGAUAUCAACUGUCAACAGUGAGAGCACCAGUAGUGUGGCCACAGGUUCCCACACACCAGAAGUAGACAUUAAGGAUACCUGCAGUGAGACUGGCCGGUCAGAUAGCAGUUUGCCCAGCCACAGGACAAUUGCCGCAGGAACAUUGUCUUCGGAUGAGCAAUGGAUUUAUGACUCCCCUGAAAAUGUGUUGCCCAGAAGGACACUGACUUCCAGCUGUUCAACACCUAUAAAUCAUCUCUAUAGUAGCCUUGAACGCUCCUCAAAAGGCACAGACUCUGGUUCACUCUACUCUAUGGACAAUGAUGGCUAUUACACUUCCAUGCAUCUGGAUUCAGGCCUUCGGUCAAGGAGCCAGGGUAGUGGCCAUGGUCAUGGCAUAGGAGGCAGGGCAGCAAGACAUAGUAUGUAUGAAUGCCUGGGUCAGCAAGAAGACCAAACCAGCUUGUACAGUGACCGCUCACUGUCACGUUCCAUCUCCCUACGCAAAUCAAAGAAGCCACCUAUUCCACCAGCACGCACAGACUCGCUACGUCGAAAGCCUAAGAAAAUCAACUCUCCUAAUGCCAAUAUUGGAGGAUCUGUUUUGAAUGAGUCAUUGAUUGCCACACUCCAACAGUCCCUUCAGAAUGGGCUGAAAGGGAAGGGGUCAUCCACACCAUCUCACAGUCCUUGCAGUGACUAUGAGGAUCCCUGGAUGCUCCGUCCCAGGAGCCAGAGCAGCAUUAGUGCAGGCAGUAGUGGCAUAUCAGCAACAGGGAUGGCUAAUGUUUACUCCAUCUGUCAUGUCACACCAACUCACAGUGACACUAGUAGCCUGCGUUCUGAUUAUGCAGAUUCGUGGAGCUACUACAUGGAUUAUCCUCGUCCAUCUGGUGAUCAGACGCAUUCAUCAUGCACUAACGCACUGUCUGCUGGACAAGCAGGUAAGAUCACAAAUGGAAGAGGUCUCCACAAUGGUACCCAAACCAAUCUUUCUCCAGCUCAGGAAGGAAGUGAUGUGUCAGUAAAGCCUAGAACAGGCACCUCCUCACCAGACAGGGUGCAUCGAUUGACUUCUCCAUCAAGUGGAUACUCAAGUCAGUCCAACACUCCCACAGCUGGCACUCCUGUCCCCUCUUUUAUGAGGUGCAGGUCCCCAUCAGGCAGCAAGCCCAAGCCCAGAGUACCUGAAAGAAAGUCAUCUUUGAUUUCAUCUCUAUCCAUCUCUUCUUCUUCCACCUCUCUUUCCUCCAACACCUCAGAUUCCAUCAGGAACAAUGUCCCUCCUCCACCUCCUCUUCCUGCUGCCCCUGUAGCUCAUUUAACUUUCAACCCUCCAUCCUAUUCUCCUCCCCUUCCUCCCUCCAGUCCUGUGUACAAUGCAAACCAGUUAUUUCCUCCUCUUCCUGUUUUACCCAUGACCCCUCAUCAACAAGCAUCUAUGUGCCCUCCUUACAUAAAUUCCUCCCCUGAAUUUCCACCUCCUCCACCUCCAGAGGUGUUGAUUGACCCUGCCUUGUUAAGCCUCAAUAGUACUUUCAGCUCUCCACCUCCUCCUCCGCCACCAUUCCCUGAUUGUUCUACCGUCCCUCCUUAUCCUUCACCCCCAAUUCCAGUUAUUUCCAACACGGCACCACCUGCUCCCUCCUCUGCUAGCUUGAAGAAUAUAAAGAGCAGCCUUAAGCCAGUGAACCCAGGGAGACAGCCAGUGUCCUCUUACUCCGAGGAGCCUAAUAAGUGUGGUAUGCCACUGGUUAUCCCCUUUGCCCUGCAGAGUAUGCAGCUGCGUUCAGUGAACCAGCCAGAAAACAGUGAAGUUAGCUGCUCCAAUUUUGACGAAAUAGUGGCUGAGCAGAUGGCCGUUAAGCCUCAGACACCAGAGAAGCCUACAAAACCAGACCAUCCAUUUGUUCCUCAGGUUUCUUGUAAACCUCAAAAUUCAAAUGAAACACAAAGGCCAUCAGCUGCAGAGAAAAGGCUCUCCAUCCAGCAUAGUUAUGUUGAAGUACAACCCAACUGUGAAAAAUCAUAUUCUGAACCGACAUCCUGCCUUACAGAUGGGUCUAUGGAUCCUAGUGACAUUAAGGUCACAGCUGAAGUAGAUGGUGUAGAGACUGACUUAUCAUCACUUGUGGAAAUGCCACAAAACACUACACCCAAGAAAAAGCCUCCUAUGAUUUCUAAAAAGCCAAAGUUUUCUUUCACCUUUUCCUCCUUUUCCACACCUGACUGUAAAACAGAGGAGAACUCUGCAUCCAAAACAGCAGCAUCCAUAGACAAUGAUGACAGUGAUUUGCUGAGUGCUCAAAAUGAGGUGAUAACUUCAACAACAGAAAGUCAGGACACCGCUCCUGUGCCAGAAAAGACUGGUGGGUGUGACAUACCUGUACCUCCCGUAGAGAUAAGAGACAUUUCUACCACAAAUGGUGAAGCUCAGGAGUUCUUCAAGUCUGUUCUUAAUAUGGACAAGGGCACCUCUGAAGGAGAUGGGGAAGAAGAUGGAAGAGAUGAUGACGAAGAUGUAACUAACAGCACCGGAUCGGUUGGCUCUAAAGAUGAUGAAAGUGGUGAGAUUUUUGAUUCCAGCACAGCAGAUACCUCUCAAGAUCCCACAAUUAACAGCAACACCCGUGGGGACAUGGUGACUCCCACGCGCCCCCGGACAACUGAUGACCUCUUCGCUGCUAUUCACAGGUCCAAGCGGAAAGUCCUAGGACGACGGGAAUCCGAAGAGGACCAUACAAAAGUUCCUUUAUCCCCACCGGCCACCCCUACAGGAAUGGUUCCAGGCCUGACUUCAUCCCUGCCACGCCAAACAAGCUCCAUCCAGCGCAGCUUACGUAAAUCUGCAACCAGCAGUGACACCUUCAAGGCCCUACUGCUGAAGAAAGGCAGUCGCACUGAGACCAGCUUCAGGAUGUCUGCUGCUGAGAUGUUGCGCACCACCGACCCAAGGUUCCAGAGAACUCGCUCCCUUGACUCCUCAUUUGACCCUGCGUCUCCAACUACACCAAAUGCUGACAGCCCCUGUGCUUCUCCAAACCACAGCAAGAGGGUGCCUGAGGACUGGGCACACAAUGAGGGAAUGAUGCGAUGGUCCCCAGGUUCACCUUUCUCAACGUCUCCAUCAAUAAUUGGGCCAAGGUAUGGCCGAUCCCGGACACCACCCUUGGCCGCAAGCAGCAAGUACAACGCCCGUAGUCGAAUACUCAGCAGCCCCAUGACUGUUAUUUGUGAAAAGGAUGGAGAGCUUACUGAGAGUGGAGAGCAUUGUGAAGAGCCAACCAUACCUUUUCCCAUCUCUCAGGACUCUUAACAGCACUUUAUGUGAGCAGAGCAGCAGUUAGGAGAAGAAAUGGCUUUCUCUGUAGCAUAUGCAGAACGUCUACACAGCAUCAAAGACUGACUGCUGGCAGAGGACCAAGAGAGGUUGAACUCUGUAGUGGGUCAUGCCACCCACUAUUCCAGGCAGUGCUGUGGGUUUCCUGAUGUUGUAGUCUGGUCUAAGACAUGCUGGAAGCCACAUGAGGUAGUGCCACCAGAUCAAGCAGUCGGAUCUAGCAGCAGGCAGAAUACUGCUGUAUUUGUAGCUCUUCAGAAAAAAAAAGUAAUCAAUCUAAUUAAAUUGUAAUUUUGUUUUUGAGGGAACUCAACUUUCAGUGGCAAUACUCAUCUUUACUUGUUAUUUUUGUUUUUUGUACAGCAUUUUAAUACAAUUCAGCAGUAACUGAGGAGCACAGUCAGAUUUUGUGUUUUUUUUUUUUUGGUGAAGCGGUUAAAAAGCAUGUGAAAUGCGGCAAUGAAGGAAUUACUAUGUGACUAAAUAGUAGUUCAAGUUGAUGGAUAAGUGCAGAUGCAGAAAGAGGAAAUCUGAGUGUGUCACACCUCAAACUUCUCUGAGGCAGCUCUGUCAGCACCUCUGUCGAUUGCUUUUGUAUGCUGGUCUUCAAAGACUGUACAGAGUUCAACAGAAGGAGAGCGCACUGAACAGUUUACACAAUAAGACUUUCUUUUCUUACUGAUCUGUGGUCAGACUGGUCCAUCGAAAGUGUCUGGAAUGUAAAAGGAAUUGUCGAACAAGGGCCAAGGGACUGGAGUUUGAGGAAAACCUUUAAGUUUGAGUUUUUUGUUGUGUAGGUUUGCACUGUGUUCAUUGUCUCCUUUUAUUUGUUGUUGUUCAUUUAAACGCAUUGUCUCUGUGUUGGUUAUUUUCAAGGCAAAGGGUAAAUUCUGACAUAGAAUGAACUUGACCGGUUUUACUUGUAAUUGUUUUGGUUACCAAAGAGCCAACGGGACACUUUAACUUGCGUUUUGCCCAAUAAGACUGAAAUGUGAGGACAUUUAUUAGACAGAGAGCUGGAAUGUUCUGUUCUUGUAGCAUCUAGUGAUGAAGAAAAGCUUUGAUGUAACCUAUUAAGAGACUUAAUAACUAACUUCUCUCCUUUUUUAACCUGUCAAAACUUUUUCUUUUCUUGUGCAGUUUUAUAAUGUUUUUUAUGUAUAUACCUAAAGAAAUGUUAAGUAACAACUUAUUUUCAAAGAAUUUGUACAUUUUAGAAACCUUUGCUAGGAGUGGCUUCUUUUUGUAGAGUAUUUAUUUUAGAAUAGACAGAAUGUGGUAUGAUGGAGGUGGGGUUUUAUUGGGUAGGCGAACAAAGUGUUAUUAUACGGAGCCUUGUACAGUCUUUAAGUUUCAUAUUCACCACAGACAGAAUUUCUGUCCUGGUUCUUCAUCAAAGUGGAUCGGAAACCUGGAGAAAGAAAGAAAUGAACCAAACGAUGGUGAAGAGGAUGCAAGCUGCUAACCCUCUGGAGUAUGUCUGUGUAAUAAAACAUGGUGAUAUUUAAAAACUGGCCAUCUGUCUUGAGUCUAUCUUUGAUUCAGUGCCACCUGUCUGCCGCCAACCCAAACCACUAUCUCAUUAGCGCUGUCACCAUGGCACCCACAGCCUUCCAUCAAAUCCAAAGGCUUUAAGAGGUCAUCAUUAACCUCUCUUUCUCUUUACUGACCAUCAUCGAUUCUUUAAAGCUUGAUUGAAACACUUGACUGUCAACCUCCUGGACUAAAAUGCUUGCAACAUUAUAUGCAAAAUGACCUUUAGAGGUCUUAUUUACAGUAACAUUUUUAUUUGAUAGAUUCAACCCAAAGCACAUCUUACAUGCAGCUGAGCAAACCCUCACAACAGAAUACUUGUUUAUUAUUUGGUAUCUGUGGUGGCAUAGAUAGAGAAAGAAGUUCCUUGUUUCUCCAGAUGCAAGUCUUCUUUUGUGCUGCGCAUGUGAACAUGAUAUUCAGGCAAAAGUUACCUCUAAAAUAAACCUGUUGAUGAUGCAGAGAGAGAGAGAAAAUGUGUGUGUUAGGCCUUGUAUGUGAAUUUCUUUUGCUAGCACCUGAAGUCAUGC